UGUGUGUGUGACUGUGUGUGUGUGUGUGUGUGUGCGUGUGUGUGUGUGUGUGUGACUGUGCUCACAGCUGUGGCUGUGCCGUAGUGUGCAUGGUACAGGGUAUGUUGUCCCCUUCUCUUACACUUUAAAGUGAAAAGACGCAGGUGUUAAAAAUGCCACAAUGUUAAUGAUGUGGAAUAAUAUGAAUAAUGUGCAUACAUGAUGUAUAGUGAAAAUAAGAUUUUGUACUCGACUAUCAGUGAAAAAGAUUUUGGUCUGUGGAAAUCUUUGAAGAUACGUAUACAUUAUACUAAAUAACUGUGGCGUUAUGUUGGGAGGGUAAGACGACAUUGCUAUGUCAGUAGCCAGUGGCCUGCUACAUGUUGAUAAAUAUAUUAAUGACCCUGCAUUACCAAGAGAACCACAGAACGUAUGUCCCAUUAGCCAAGAAGAAUACACUAUUUUGGAGAGAGAUGAUAUUGCAAAUCAUUGAAUAAUUCACUGUGGUCUUUAUUAUUAAUUAGCCAGUGCCUAGCCAUACUCUCGAUGCAAACCAUGUACCUUCCACACAUCCCUCCUACUGGUCAGCCUUUGACUUCAGGUAUAUCUGUAUGCAGAGAUCAGUUCACCUCCACUGGAAACCCUAAUUAUGCUCAUUCAGCCUUUUGGUCAGUGCAUGUAGGAGGGGGGAUUGUGGUCAUUAGAGAGAGUGCGGUCAUUAAAGACUUGACAUACAUCAUAUCUUAUCAUGAUUUCUCCUUUUUAAGUCCUGUUAGGCUCAAAUGUAGGUGAUGGCGUUUGAAAAUGCUUCAAACAGAAGCCACACACACACACACACACACACACACACACACACACACACACACACACACACACACACACACAGCCCGCAGUAGCUCAGCGAGUGAUCAGGCCCACUAUAUUUCAGCCCUCACAAGCCAGGUUGCAGUAAGGUUGUUUCUCUCAAGUCACGAUAAAAAUAACUCUUUCAAAGUUUUCAUUUAAUGUGUUAACUCCGAGACUUCCCUUUCAUUUCGAUCCCUUUGAUGCAACCAGCAACCAUUUCGGGAACAACAUUUGUCAGGCAUAUACGGUAUCGUAAAGGAACUACUAUGGCGCUGCAAAGGCCAUCCUGUCCGACAACCCCCUGGGCCUGACGUGUGGGAUGGUCUGCCCCACCUCGGACCUCUGUGUGGGGGGAUGCAACCUCUACGCCUCAGAGGAGGGGCCCAUCAACAUCGGGGGAUUGCAGCAGUUCGCCACCGAGGUGUUCAGCAAGAUGGGCGUCCCACAGGUGCGCAACCCGGCACUCCCGCCACCCGACCGGAUGCCCGCCAGCUUCCACACGAAGAUCGCUCUGAUUGGCUGUGGGCCUGCUAGCAUCAGCUGCGCCUCCUUCCUGGGUCGCCUUGGCUACGACAACCUCACCAUCUUCGAGAAGCAGAAGUACAUCGGUGGGCUAAGCUCCGCGGAGAUCCCUCAGUUCCGCCUCCCCUACGAGGUGGUGCAGUUUGAGGUGGAGCUGAUGAAGGACCUGGGUGUCAAGAUCGAGUGUGAGAAGGGACUGGGCCAGGACGGCGUGACACUACUGUCCCUGAAAGAAGACGGAUACAAAGCCAUCUUCAUCGGCAUUGGUCUGCCGCAGGCCAACAGGCACAAAAUCUUUGAAGGACUGAACAUGGAACAAGGUUUUUACACAUCCAAGGAUUUCCUACCUCUUGUUGCCAAGGCCAGUAAAUCAGGAAUGUGCACCUGUCAGUCCGCGCUGCCUGGACUGCGCGGCACGGUCAUUGUGCUUGGCGCGGGCGACACAGCCUUUGACUGCGCCACCUCUGCCCUCCGCUGUGGUGCCCGCCGCGUCUACGUGGUCUUCCGCAAGGGCUUCACAAACAUCCGCGCCGUCCCUGAGGAGAUGGAGCUGGCGAAGGAGGAGAAGUGUGAGUUCCUUCCCUUCCUGUCUCCGCUUGAGGUCAUCAUGAAGGCAGGCCGGGUGGCGGGCAUGGAGUUCUGCAGGACGGAACAGAGCGAGGACGGGGAGUGGGUGGAGGACGCGGACCAGACGAUCCGGCUCAAAGCUGACUACGUCAUCAGCGCAUUCGGCUCUGGUCUGAGUGACCCGAAAGUGAAGGAGGCCAUGGCUCCCAUCCGUUUAAACAGAUGGGGUCUCCCUGACCUGAACCCGGAGACCAUGCAGUGCAGUGAGCCGUGGGUCUUCGCUGGUGGGGACGUGGCGGGCCUGGCCAACACCACGGUGGAGUCGGUCAACGACGGGAAGCAGGCCUCCUGGCACAUCCACAAGUACAUUCAGUCUCUGCAUGGUCACAGGGUCCCCAGUGAGCCUGAACUGCCUCUCUUCCACACCGCCAUCGACACCGUGGACAUCAGUGUGGAGAUGGCCGGCAUCCGCUUCCCCAACCCGUUCGGCUUGGCCAGCGCGCCUCCCACCACCAGCGCCGCCAUGAUCCGCCGGGCCUUCGAGGAGGGCUGGGGCUUUGCUCUCACUAAGACCUUCUCCCUGGACAAGGAUCUGGUCACCAAUGUCUCCCCACGCAUAGUGCGCGGCACAACGUCCGGCCCGGUGUUUGGCCCUGGACAGGGCUCCUUCCUCAACAUCGAGCUGAUCAGCGAGAAGACCGCAGCGUACUGGUGCCAGAGCGUCUCUGAGCUCAAAGCUGACUUCCCCCACAACAUCGUCAUCUCCAGUAUAAUGUGCAGCUACAACAAGGCUGAUUGGACAGAGUUAGCUCAGAUGGCCGAGGCCUCUGGAGCCGAUGCCCUGGAGCUGAAUCUCUCAUGCCCCCACGGGAUGGGCGAGCGGGGAAUGGGCCUCGCCUGCGGACAGGAUCCAGAGCUGGUGCGUAACAUCUGCCGCUGGGUCCGGCAAGCUGUCAAGGUCCCCUUCUUUGCCAAGCUGACCCCCAAUGUCACCAACAUUGUGGACAUCGCCAUGGCCGCUCAUGAAGGUGGUGCAGAUGGCGUCACCGCCACCAACACCGUCUCAGGCCUGAUGGGACUGAAGGCAGACGGCUCUCCCUGGCCUGGCAUCGGCCACGCCAAGCGCACCACAUAUGGCGGCGUGUCUGGAAAUGCCAUCCGACCCAUAGCCCUGCGGGCGGUGUCGGCCAUCGCCAAAGCUCUCCCCGGCUUCCCCGUCCUGGCCACGGGAGGCAUCGACUCUGCCGAAUCAGGGCUGCAGUUCCUCCAUGCCGGAGCAUCUGUCCUGCAGGUGUGCAGCGCUAUACAAAAUCAGGACUUCACCCUCAUCGAGGACUAUUGCCUCGGCCUGAAAGCCCUGCUCUACCUGAAGAGCCUUGAGGAGCUGCAAGACUGGGAUGGCCAGUCCCCACCAACUGCCCGCCACCAGAAGGGCAAGCCCGUGCCCCGCCUGGAGAACCUCGUGGGGAAGAGUUUGCCCAGCUUCGGGCCCUUCCUUCAGCAGCGGAAACGGGCUCUGGCAAUCUACAAGCAGAGGCUCAGAGACCAGGAGCCCAACAUGACAGAGGAGCCCAAGGGACCGAGAACCUUCUCUCCUAAGGGGCCCGUUCCAUCUGUCAGGGACGUGAUUGGUAGGGCUCUGAAGCAUAUCGGGGCCUACCAGGAGCUCAACAAUGAGGAGCAAGUGCAGGCUUUGAUAGACGAGGAGAUGUGCAUCAACUGUGGUAAAUGCUACAUGACCUGCAACGACUCAGGCUACCAGGCUAUUACGUUUGACCCAGAGACCCACCUCCCCGUCGUGGCAGACAGCUGCACAGGCUGCACUCUGUGCCUGAGCGUCUGCCCCAUCAUCGACUGCAUCAGCAUGGUUGCCAGGACAACACCUUACGUACCAAAGCGAGGCCUCCCCACUGUCGUAUCCGCGUACUGAGAGAGAGAGAGAGAGAGAGAGAGAGAGAGAGAGAGAGAGAGAGAGAGAGGUCGUCUUGCGAUGUACAGAGAGGAGAGCAAUAAAUACACCAAAUAAUACCAAAGAGAAGUCUACAUCAAAACAUUGAUUCUUCUUCAUAAUUGCAAUGUGAAAAAUUACCUUUAUUAUGCGUUUGAAAAAAAACACGCACACACUCGCACACAGCAGAGAAGAAAAGCUAAAUAAUUAGUUUGGAGAAAUAAUUGCCUUAUACUCCCAAGCCAAUUAUCCAGAAAUAAUCAUGCAGGCACAAAUAGUUGCAUUAUUCUCAAACAAUAGCGGGAGAUAUGUCGACCAUCCAUGGACAGCCAGCACCCACACACACACACACACACACACACAAACACCCUCUUCAUCCCUGGUUAUAAUGACAAUGAGAAGAGGGGUCUGGGGAUGGGGUGGUGGUGGUGGUGGUGGAGGAGGUUGAGUAAUGGAUGUUUAUGCUGAUGCUGGUUGGGAGGACAAUGUCAGAAGCAAAUACAACAUGUCCCUAACAAGUGUUGCAUAGGCAGUCCGUCCACACACAAAAAUAAAACUCGAGCGCAAUAAAACGAGACAUUAUGUUUGCUGGGGAAAUAAUCCGCGGGACAAGAAGAGGUAAUGAAGGGAGAUGAAUGGGGUGUUCCCCCUCGGCCCUCCAACGCCGCGUGCCUUCAUUGUCCGACCCAGCUCCAUUUUCCUGGAGCAGCUGGAGCUGUUUUAUGUCCCAAUUCCUCCUUUGAGAUCCACAGUGCUGCUGGGCUUUUUUCAUUAUGUGCGCUAGGUGCUUCAAAUUGUAAUCCAUUGCUAGCCAUUAGUGAUACCUGUUAUGUGUAAGCGAUCGAAACCUUUUGUUGUUGUUGUCGUUGUUUCGUUUUAUUUGUUAAAUCGUGGCCAGAUAUUCGUAACGAUUUUGGUUAAUUCCUUGUGUGUUGGCCCAUAAGUAAUAAUCACGGUGCACAGUAUACUAGGGGACGAGUUUAGAAAAGGUCAUCUUUGAGUGUGUCCAGAUCAUUAGAUAUGAAGACUAACUGUGAUUCACUGUGAACUCUAAAGGUCAGUACUGACCACUUCUGUCUCAAUAAAUAACCUGCCGUUGCCUUCCAAGCGCACAUUUCUGAGGGCAUUAACCACCAGCGUGUUGUUUCAUCACUUAGGACCUGGACACUUGGCCAAGGUGUAUAUGGAUGUCAUGUCACUGCCAGUGGUGCAUACUAUGCAAUGACUGCCCACAGUGUUAUUUUAGUCUGAAGAAAUAUCAUCAAGGAGACACUAAAUGAAAUGGGUCCAAGCAAUCUUUGUCGAUAACUGUGUUCUUAUUAACUGUAAUUGCUCACAGACAUAAAAUGAAAAUGUAUUAACUGGUCCUGAUAAAAACAAUAAAUAAAAAAUGUAACCACCCUGA